AUGACAGAGGAAAUAGCAUUGGUCAAGAAAAAGAUUUAUGACAUAGUAGUUAAGAAGGCAGAAACAAUGUAUGAUCCAGACAGUUUUAGAGAGUUUUUCAUAUCAACAGGUGCAACAAAAUAAUUUGACACUAUUCUGGAUUCAGUCAAGGGUUUUUUCAUUCAUUUACAAUUUGUGCUACUGCCUCAGUCAAACAUGCAAUCCUCUUCAAAUGGACCAUACUCUUCAUCUCAGGAGUAAUCUGAUAAAUCAAGAGAGCAUUGAAACAGAACAUGUCAUGGGGUAUACAUGUUCCAAAAGAACUUUAAACAAUGUUAUGCACAAAAUGUCACAGUCUCAUCUCAAAUCUUUUGAAGAUUUUAUAACCACAGCUACAGAUUGCAAAUGGCUAGUAGUGUUAAUAAUUGAUGAUUUCACAGGCAUUCACACUAAAAGAAGGCCCAGAGAGGAAAAAUUGUCAGAGGCAAAGACAGUGUGUACCAUAGUUGUUGAAGUUUUUAAAGAUAUUCAAGCUGUACCUGUAAUGCACGCCCUUUGUAUACAUGACCAAAAUGGUAUAGAUAUUGAAUCAUGCAUACAACUAAGUACUGCUGCAUUGUCCAUGCAUGGCAUCAGUGAGAGUUAUGCUUCUCUGAUGCCUGACUGGUUCACAAAGGCAUUUUUUAACCCUGGAAUUGAGAGACAUAGAAUGAAUCAACAUUCAUGA